UUUGGGACACACAUCAAAUGUUUGAUAGGAUUGCAUAUGUUUUACUCCUGUAACAACAUAACAGAACUAUGAGGAACAAAUACCAAAUCUUAAUUAACCUUCUGAUUCAGAAAGUCAUAGCAUAGAUUGUGCCAUUAAAACAGUAAGAAGUCCUGUGACGUGAAUCACUGAUCUUUCCUUGCACUUGCCUUGGAUCAAGAUUUAUUGCUCUUGCCUAUGGUACUAGCGGACAGGGUAGAGUUAGAAGCCUGAAAUAGAGAACUCUUGCCUAAGUUCAGUCUCACUUUCCCCUUGGCACUUGGAGGUAGAAGGGAGAUGAGUAAUAGCAGCUUAAUUUCUAUUUUCUGUCUGAAGUAUUGAUAUAACUGAAGCUAAACUGAGGUAGAAAGUAGUUAACUGAUAGAAAGUUUACUUGUUUCUCACUCUUCAGCCUGGAACAGAAAAAAAAUAAAAAAAUUAAAUUUGAAAUAAAGAGCAUUCCACAAACAAAAACUCACAUAAGUGAGUUUACUUAGGAAAAAAACUCUGUAAUGCAUAUGAUUUUGAGCAGUAAUUUCAGAAAGAAAAGAUAAUUUGAGAGCAUUUGCCGAUUUCUGAAAAACUCGCUCUUCUGUAGUCAGCUCUGAGGAUAGCAGACUGAGGAAGGAGCUUCCAGGAAGCUGAGGCUCUGCUGAGGAGGAGUCCUCCCAGCUGAGCAAUGACUCAGCCCCGUACCUCAGUAAACACCAGCAUGUCACUCACAUAUUUAUCACGUCAGCGCCGCUCGUGUGCUCAGCACAUGGACGAGUAAUUGCAAGAGCUGGCCUCCCAAAGAGGAAACCUCUCACCCAGCUCCUGCUGCAGGGUUGCGUCAGAGCCACAUCGUAAACACACCUCGCUGUGCAGCAACACGGACUUGUUUGCCGAUUGCCGGGCCUCCAAAGGCUGCCACGUACUUUUGGAAAGGCAAGACGCUGACACUAUCUAUGUUUGCGCUCCCCAGGCUUGUGCAACAGUGGAGUGGCUAAGAAGAGACUGUGGUAACGUAGGAGGAUUUAAAUCAAAAAAGUUUUUCACAACUGCAUUUUAUUUAUGAAAAGAAUAUGCUUUCCAUAAGAAAAUCUUAACAAUAUAGUUAAAUAGCCACAUUCUAUUAAACUAAGUCCUACUUGAUAUAGCAAGAAAGCUUCUGUAAUAUAUGACCUUAUUGCUUUGAAAUGUGUCAUAAACAUUUAGUAACUUUUUGUUUAUAAGUAUAGUAUUCAUCCAAAAAAUUAAAUGUAUGGAAUUAUUAAUCUUUUGGAUUUGGAGGAGUAGGUACUUUCAGUGUUUUCAGCUGUGUUAUUGGGUGGGUGGCAGAGAAAAAAGUGUUAAAGCAAAAGAAUAAACAAUCCAUAAAUAACUUAACAGUUUAUUUAACUGGGCACAGCCCUGGUCUUCAGCAUAAACUACUCCCUUAAAUUUAUGGAGGUGUUCAGGGUCUGCUUAUAUCACCCUCUGAUCUAUUUACUACAGAAGAGCAAUAUUUUUGGAAUCAUCAACUUGGCAUAUACACUGAAGUAGGCAGAUAGCUAACAAAAACAUCAGUUAUCCUGGCUUCUAGUUGCUGUAUCAAUUAAAAAAACAUGAAGGAAUCUGAGUCUUUUUGUACUGUUUGAAUUGUAGGUGUAUUUCAGCUUGAUUGUUGGUCAGUUUUGUAUUUUCUGUAACAGAAGCCCAAUCAUUCCACUCUGAAGUUUUCAAAACUUACUAUCACACAGUGACAUUAAGAGUGACCAUGACAUUCCUUCUGCUAUCAGAUGAAACCAUACAGAAAACACCAGCCUGAACAUAAUAUAAAAGCAGUAAUAAAUGUUAUUCUUCUUGGAGCUAUAAGUGAAAAAACACAUAGGUAUAUUCUUUCCCAUCAUGAGAAGAUGUUGCAGAAUCCUAGCCAAAAGUGACUUCUUUUCAAAGUGAAUCAAAUCCUUUUGAGAACAUCUGCAAUGUCUUCUUGUUGAGAAGCUGUCUCAAGUGGGGUGUCCUUUACAGCAGGUCUCAGAAUCUCUCUGUGUCUGCAACCCAAUCCCUGACCCUUGCUACCCUCGUGGCAUAUUUUACUGAUGUUCAUGUGUCCCUGACACUAUUCUAGUAACUGUGCUGACAUUUUCUCUUUUAAUGCCAGGUUUUAAUUUUCAGGUAAAUACUCAGUAAAAAAUGAUGGUAAUUGCUCAAUAUAACACAAAGAUCAAUCUAUGUUGACCCUAUAUGGCCUAAUUUCCAAAGGUAUUGUCAGUCACGUUGCCUGCUCAAGUGUAGUCAUAAAUUUAUGGCAUUAUUUAGGACUGAAUAUACUAACAUACCUCAGCAACUCCCAAUUCCAUAAGUGCUAAGACAUUUCUGACUCCAGCAUUACUAUCUCCUUAUUUUGUGAAGGAGGAAACAGACACGCAAUGAUUAUGGGAUUAGGCCAAGGUCAUACAUGAAGCGUCUGCCAGCUAGUGUUAGCAUUUGGGUAAUUUUCUAACCGAAUGAAAAAUAUGUACCUUGCACAAGCACGGGGAACGGGAGCUGUUUCUGCAAGUUUCACACAAUGCUCAGUGUGGUUUUCUUCAAAGCAGCUACAACAGUCAAGCUCCAUUACUUGUCACUUCAAUAUAUGCCAUCACUUACCUUCCCCAUCUGGCUGCACUAAUCCACAUGAAGUUCUGCUUCUCAGAAGGCUUAAAACCAGCGCUAAUGGAAUGAUAGACGUGGGCUGGGAAUUUGGGGGCCUGAACAAACCUUCACUCGUGUGAAAAUUCAAAUGAAUGUAAUUGCACAGCAUCUUGCGGCACAUAUGGCAGCGGACCACCCUACUGCAAAAGGUGUGUCAAGCUACACAGCGUAGCUGCAGAGCUUCAAACUCGCUGCUCGGUGAAAACUGCAAAAGUGCGAGGCUGACUGAAGAGAGAAAUUAAUUGUGCUGAAGUUAGUCCAGCUUCAACAAUUAAAGGAUAUUUUUGGUAUUUUUUAAUUGAAGUGAAGGCGGCUUUUUUUUUUUUAUAAAUAACCAUGGCAGAUGUGGAUCCAGACACGUUGCUGGAAUGGCUGCAGAUGGGGCAGGGGGAUGAAAGGGAUAUGCAGCUAAUAGCACUGGAACAACUCUGCAUGCUGCUUCUGAUGUCAGACAACGUGGAUCGCUGUUUUGAAACAUGCCCUCCUCGAACUUUUUUGCCAGCACUGUGCAAAAUUUUUCUUGAUGAAAGUGCUCCAGACAAUGUACUGGAAGUAACAGCUCGUGCCAUAACAUAUUACCUGGAUGUAUCGGCUGAAUGCACCCGUAGGAUUGUGGGAGUGGAUGGAGCUAUCAAAGCACUUUGUAAUCGUUUGGUAGUUGUUGAACUUAACAACAGAACGAGCAGAGAUUUGGCUGAGCAAUGUGUCAAGGUGUUAGAAUUAAUCUGCACCCGUGAGUCAGGAGCUGUGUUUGAAGCUGGAGGGUUGAACUGUGUUCUGACAUUCAUUCGUGACAGUGGACACCUUGUUCAUAAAGAUACUUUGCAUUCAGCUAUGGCUGUAGUAUCCAGACUCUGUGGCAAAAUGGAGCCUCAGGAUUCUUCAUUAGAGAUCUGUGUGGAAUCACUGUCUAGUUUAUUAAAACAUGAAGACCAUCAGGUUUCAGAUGGAGCUUUGAGAUGCUUUGCUUCAUUAGCUGACAGAUUCACACGGCGUGGAGUUGACCCAGCCCCAUUAGCUAAACAUGGAUUAACUGAGGAGUUGUUAUCUCGCAUGGCAGCUGCUGGUGGGACAGCCUCAGGACCAUCUUCAGCUUGCAAACCUGGACGGAGCAGCACUGGAGCACCCUCUACAGCUGCAGACUCUAAAUUAAGUAAUCAGGUGUCAACUAUUGUAAGCCUGUUGUCAACCCUGUGUAGAGGCUCUCCAGUAGUAACACAUACUUUUAAUUAUUUCCAGGAUCUCCUAAGAUCUGAGCUUCCAGAUUCUAUAGAAAGUGCGUUGCAGGGUGACGAGAGAUGUGUACUGGAUACCAUGCGGUUAGUUGAUCUUCUUUUGGUGCUACUGUUUGAAGGCAGAAAAGCCCUGCCAAAGUCUAGUGCUGGAUCUACAGGCAGAAUCCCAGGAUUGCGGAGGCUGGAUAGUUCUGGGGAACGUUCUCAUCGGCAACUGAUAGAUUGUAUCCGCAGUAAAGAUACUGAUGCACUAAUAGAUGCAAUUGACACAGGAGCUUUUGAAGUAAAUUUUAUGGAUGAUGUAGGACAAACUCUUUUAAACUGGGCCUCAGCUUUUGGAACUCAGGAAAUGGUAGAAUUCCUCUGUGAAAGGGGUGCUGAUGUUAACAGAGGUCAGAGGUCAUCUUCAUUGCAUUAUGCAGCAUGUUUUGGAAGACCUCAGGUAGCAAAGACUCUCUUACGACACGGAGCAAAUCCUGAUUUGAGAGAUGAAGAUGGAAAAACUCCUCUGGACAAAGCUCGGGAAAGGGGGCACAGUGAAGUAGUAGCUAUUCUUCAGUCUCCAGGGGAUUGGAUGUGUCCUGUCAACAAAGGGGAUGAGAAGAAAAAGAAGGAUGCAAACAAGGAUGAGGAGGAAUGUAAUGAACCAAAAGGAGAUCCAGAAAUGGCACCCAUAUACUUGAAAAGACUAUUGCCUGUGUUUGCACAAACAUUUCAACAAACUAUGUUGCCUUCAAUUAGGAAAGCAAGUCUUGCGCUCAUUAGAAAAAUGAUACAUUUUUGUUCUGAGGCGCUGCUGAAAGAGGUUUGUGACUCUGAUGCUGGCCACAACCUUCCCACAAUACUGGUUGAGAUCACAGCCACAGUGCUUGAUCAAGAGGAUGAUGAUGAUGGCCAUUUGUUAGCCUUGCAAAUCAUAAGGGAUUUAGUGGAUAAAGGUGGUGAUCUUUUUCUAGACCAACUGGCUAGACUUGGUGUAAUUAGUAAAGUAUCAACUUUGGCGGGGCCGUCAUCUGAUGAUGAAAAUGAAGAGGAGUCUAAACCUGAGAAGGAGGAUGAACCACAGGAAGAUGCUAAAGAACUGCAGCAGGGUAAACCAUACCACUGGAGAGACUGGUCAAUCAUUAGGGGAAGGGACUGCCUGUAUAUCUGGAGUGAUGCUGCAGCCCUGGAGCUAUCGAAUGGUAGCAAUGGAUGGUUCAGAUUUAUCUUGGAUGGAAAGCUGGCCACAAUGUAUUCCAGUGGGAGCCCUGAAGGAGGAUCUGAUAGCUCAGAAAGUAGGAGUGAGUUCCUUGAGAAGUUGCAGAGGGCUCGAAGCCAAGUAAAACCAUCUACCACAAGCCAGCCAAUUUUGUCAACACCAGGGCCAACUAAACUUACUGUAGGAAACUGGUCACUGACCUGUUUAAAAGAAGGAGAAAUUGCUAUUCACAAUUCUGAUGGUCAGCAAGCUACAAUACUGAAAGAAGACCUGCCAGGCUUUGUGUUUGAAUCCAACAGAGGAACAAAGCAUUCAUUUACAGCUGAAACUUCCUUGGGUAAGUAUGUAGGGUCAGAAUUUGUGACUGGCUGGACAGGCAAAAGAGGAAGAAAAUUGAAAUCUAAACUGGAGAAGACAAAGCAAAAGGUACGCACUAUGGCAAGAGAUUUAUAUGAUGAUCAUUUUAAAGCAGUUGAAAGUAUGCCUCGAGGAGUAGUUGUAACACUGAGGAACAUAGCAACACAGUUAGAGUCUGCAUGGGAACUUCAUGCAAACAGGCAGUGCAUUGAGGGAGAAAAUACUUGGAGAGAUUUAAUGAAGACUGCUCUGGAAAACUUAAUUGUACUGUUGAAGGAUGAGAAUACUAUUUCUCCAUAUGAGAUGUGCAGUAGUGGCUUAGUUCAAUCGCUGCUGACAGUUUUAAACAAUAAUGUUGAUUUGGAUGUGAAACAAGACUGUAGUCAACUGGUAGAGAGGAUAAACGUUUUCAAAACAGCAUUCAGUGAAAAUGAGGAUGAUGAAAGUCGUCCAGCAGUUGCAUUAAUUCGGAAAUUGAUAGCAGUGUUAGAAUCUAUUGAACGUCUACCUCUCCACUUGUACGAUACGCCAGGAUCUACGUACAAUCUUCAGAUACUGACAAGGCGCUUGAGGUUUCGUUUGGAACGUGCCUCGGGGGAGACAUCUUUAAUAGAUCGAACUGGUAGAAUGCUGAAGAUGGAGCCAUUGGCAACUGUUGAAUCUCUAGAACAGUAUCUCCUGAAAAUGGUAGCAAAGCAAUGGUACGACUUUGAUAGGGCUUCAUUUGUUUUUGUACGGAAAUUACGAGAAGGCCAGACAUUUGUGUUCAGGCAUCAACAUGAUUUUGAUGAAAAUGGAAUUAUUUACUGGAUUGGAACAAAUGCAAAAACUGCAUAUGAGUGGGUAAAUCCAGCAGCCUAUGGAUUAGUAGUGGUUACAUCCUCAGAAGGAAGAAAUCUGCCUUAUGGUCGUUUGGAAGACAUCCUGAGCCGUGACAGUUCAGCUCUCAAUUGUCACACUAAUGAUGAUAAGAAUGCUUGGUUUGCCAUAGAUCUUGGGCUUUGGGUUGUACCAUCAGCCUACACAUUACGCCAUGCUCGAGGUUAUGGGCGAUCUGCUCUCAGAAAUUGGGUUUUCCAGGUAUCUAAGGAUGGACAGAACUGGACUACUUUGUAUACUCAUGUUGAUGACUGUAGUCUCAAUGAACCAGGGUCUACAGCAACAUGGCCUUUAGAUCCACCUAAAGAUGAGAAACAAGGUUGGCGACAUGUUAGAAUAAAACAGAUGGGAAAGAAUGCCAGUGGGCAAACACACUACCUCUCCCUGUCUGGAUUUGAACUUUAUGGCACUGUGAAUGGAGUAUGUGAAGAUCAGCUGGGAAAAGCUGCUAAAGAAGCUGAAGCAAAUCUGAGAAGGCAGAGACGUCUGGUCCGUUCUCAGGUGUUAAAAUACAUGGUUCCAGGAGCUCGUGUAAUCAGAGGAAUUGAUUGGAAAUGGAGAGAUCAGGAUGGAAGCCCACAGGGUGAAGGCACCGUUACAGGAGAACUGCAUAAUGGCUGGAUUGAUGUCACCUGGGAUGCUGGUGGCUCUAACUCUUACCGUAUGGGCGCAGAAGGAAAGUUUGACCUCAAGCUUGCACCAGGGUACGACCCUGAUUCAGCGGCAUCACCCAAACCUGUUUCAUCCACUGUUUCAGGCACAACGCAGUCAUGGAGCAGCUUGGUGAAAAACAACUGUCCAGACAAGACGACUGCUGCUGCAGGCUCCUCAAGUAGAAAAGGAAGCAGCAGUUCUGUGUGUAGCGUGGCAAGUAGCAGCGACAUCAGCUUGGGUUCGACCAAAAUGGAGCGGAGAUCAGAAAGUGUGUUGGAACAAAAUAUAGUUUCAGGCACUGAUGUCCAUGAACCAAUUGUUGUUCUGUCUUCUGCUGAUAGUGUGCCUCAGGCUGACAUAGGGUCAUCUUCCAGUGCAAGCACCAGCACCUUAACAGCGGACAUGGGAAACGAAAAUGCAGAGAGGAAGUUAGGUCCUGAUAAUUCAAUACGUACUCCUGGGGAGUCCAGUGCUAUAUCCAUGGGAAUUGUUAGUGUAAGCUCUCCUGAUGUGAGUUCAGUCUCUGAACUGACUAAUAAAGAAGCAGCUUCCCAACGACCUCUAAGCUCUUCAGCGAGUAACAGACUCUCAGUCAGUUCUUUGUUGGCUGCUGGGGCACCCAUGAGCUCCAGUGCAAGUGUUCCAAACUUAUCAUCUCGAGAAACUUCUAGCCUGGAGUCCUUUGUACGAAGAGUGGCAAACAUAGCACGUACCAAUGCCACAAACAACAUGAAUUUAAGCCGGAGUAGCAGUGAUAACAAUACUAAUACUUUGGGAAGAAAUGUUGUGAGUACUGCAACUUCUCCUCUUAUGGGUGCCCAAAGUUUUCCUAAUCUGACUACAACUGGUACCACAUCAACAGUGACCAUGUCUACAUCCAGUGUUACUAGCAGCAGCAAUGUAGCUACAGCAACUACAGUUUUAUCUGUUGGUCAGUCGCUUAGUAAUACUCUAACUACUAGCCUAACAUCAACAUCUAGUGAGAGCGAUACAGGGCAGGAGGCAGAAUAUUCUUUAUAUGAUUUUCUUGAUAGCUGCCGAGCUAGUACUCUGUUGGCAGAGUUAGAUGAUGAUGAGGAUCUACCCGAACCAGAUGAAGAAGAUGAUGAAAAUGAAGAUGACAACCAAGAGGAUCAAGAAUAUGAAGAAGUUAUGGAAGAAGAGGAGUAUGAAACCAAAGGAGGCCGUAGAAGAACAUGGGAUGAUGAUUAUGUACUGAAACGGCAGUUUUCUGCUUUGGUUCCUGCUUUUGACCCAAGACCUGGUCGUACUAAUGUGCAGCAGACAACUGACCUAGAAAUCCCUCCACCAGGUACACCUCAUUCAGAACUCUUGGAAGAGGUUGAGUGCAUGCCUUCGCCACGUUUAGCACUUACCUUGAAAGUUUCGGGUCUUGGAACAACUCGAGAAGUAGAACUGCCCCUAACAAACUUUCGAUCUACCAUCUUUUACUAUGUACAGAAAUUGUUACAGCUUUCCUGUAAUGGCAGUGUGAAAUCUGACAAACUUAGACGUAUUUGGGAGCCAACAUACACAAUAAUGUACAGAGAAAUGAAGGAUUCUGAUAAGGAGAAAGAAAGUGGAAAAAUGGGUUGCUGGUCAGUAGAGCAUGUGGAGCAGUACCUUGGCACUGAUGAAUUACCAAAGAAUGACUUGAUAACCUACCUGCAGAAGAAUGCAGACUCAGCUUUCCUGCGCCACUGGAAAUUAACCGGCACUAAUAAAAGUAUUAGGAAAAACAGAAAUUGUUCCCAGCUCAUAGCUGCAUACAAGGAUUUUUGUGAACAUGGGUCAAAAUCUGGAUUGAGUCAAGGGGCUAUUUCUACUCUUCAAAAUUCUGAUAUCCUUAGUUUGGCUAAGGAACAACCCCAGGCCAAAGCUGGCAGUGGACAGAACUCCUGUGGAGUAGAAGAUGUUCUGCAAUUACUUAGAAUUUUGUAUAUAGUUGCCAGUGACCCUUACACAGCACGGACUUCUCAAGAAGAAGGAGAUGAGCAUCCUCAGUUUAACUUUCCACCAGAUGAAUUCACAAGUAAAAAAAUUACUACAAAGAUUCUGCAACAGAUUGAGGAACCCUUGGCACUAGCAAGUGGAGCUUUGCCAGACUGGUGUGAGCAACUAACAAGCAAGUGUCCUUUCUUAAUUCCAUUUGAAACACGACAGUUGUACUUCACAUGUACAGCAUUUGGAGCAUCAAGAGCAAUUGUAUGGCUGCAGAACAGACGUGAAGCCACUGUUGAACGGACGAGGACCACAAGCACAGUGCGACGUGAUGAUCCAGGAGAAUUCAGAGUUGGACGCCUCAAACAUGAAAGAGUGAAAGUUCCGCGAGGUGAAUCCUUGAUGGAAUGGGCAGAAAAUGUCAUGCAGAUUCAUGCAGACAGAAAAUCUGUUCUAGAGGUUGAGUUUUUAGGGGAGGAAGGAACAGGCCUGGGUCCUACCUUGGAAUUUUAUGCAUUGGUGGCAGCAGAAUUUCAGAGGACAGAUUUGGGAGCUUGGCUUUGUGAUGAUGAUUUUCCAGAUGAUGAGUCCCGUCAGGUUGAUAUUGGUGGUGGAUUGAAACCGCCUGGCUACUAUGUACAGAGAUCAUGUGGACUGUUUACAGCACCAUUCCCACAAGAUAGUGAUGAACUUGAAAGAAUAACCAAACUCUUUCAUUUCCUUGGAAUUUUCUUGGCUAAAUGCAUUCAGGACAAUAGACUUGUGGAUUUACCCAUUUCUAAGCCUUUUUUUAAACUCAUGUGUAUGGGGGACAUUAAAAGUAACAUGAGUAAGUUGAUAUAUGAAUCACGGGGUGACAGAGACUUGCACUGUACUGAAAGUCAGUCAGAGGCUUCUACAGAAGAAGGACAUGAUUCGUUGUCAGUAGGAAGUCUGGAAGAAGACUCCAAAUCAGAAUUUAUUCUUGAUCCACCGAAACCUAAGCCUCCUGCCUGGUUUAAUGGAAUUUUGACGUGGGAAGAUUUUGAAUUAGUAAACCCACAUAGAGCUAGGUUUCUAAAAGAAAUUAAGGACCUUGCAAUUAAAAGACGUCAAAUCUUAAGCAACAAAAAUCUGUCAGAAGAUGAAAAGAACACAAAACUGCAGGAAUUAAUGCUGAAGAAUCCAUCAGGUUCAGGACCUCCUCUUAGCAUAGAGGAUUUGGGUUUAAAUUUCCAGUUUUGCCCUUCAUCCAAAGUAUAUGGGUUUACAGCUGUGGAUCUCAAACCAGGUGGUGAAGAUGAGACUGUAACAAUGGAUAAUGCAGAGGAGUAUGUAGAUCUCAUGUUUGACUUCUGCAUGCAUACUGGUAUACAGAAACAAAUGGAGGCCUUCAGAGAUGGCUUCAAUAGAGUCUUUCCAAUGGAGAAGCUGAGUUCCUUCAGCCAUGAAGAGGUUCAGAUGAUUCUUUGUGGAAAUCAAUCACCUUCUUGGGCAGCUGAGGAUAUCAUCAAUUACACCGAACCCAAACUGGGAUAUACAAGAGAUAGCCCUGGAUUCCUUCGAUUUGUGAGAGUCUUGUGUGGUAUGUCUUCAGAUGAGAGGAAGGCUUUUCUGCAGUUCACCACUGGUUGUUCGACACUCCCACCAGGAGGGCUGGCAAACCUCCACCCUCGGCUCACUGUUGUGCGCAAGGUUGAUGCUACAGAUGCAAGUUAUCCAUCUGUGAACACAUGUGUGCAUUACCUAAAGUUGCCUGAGUAUUCUUCUGAGGAGAUUAUGAGGGAGCGUCUGCUAGCUGCUACCAUGGAGAAAGGCUUCCACCUCAACUGAGCCGCUGACUGCAGCCUGGCACACGGAAGUGUUUUUGAUACUAGUGAAGCCUCUUGUGUUUGUGUGCAAAAAAUCCGAUCUCCACGCUGUGCUCUGAUGAGACUUGCCUUUUUUUCACCUGUGAGGCUUUAGGAAAAUGCGGAAUGUUUGUUAGCUGCUAAUGACAAAAUAAAUCCUUGUAACUACACAGCCAGCAAGAAAUUGGCACAGAACAUUGUGUGAUGCUUCAAGGGCUUGCACAACUGGAAAUUAAGGUGUUUCUGUUUGACUGUUCCAAAGAACAGAUCAUCAGAUUUUCAGUGUUCACUGAUACAAAUUUCUAACAGCGUAUUGUGUAAAGUUUGUCUUUUAAUACCCUGUACACUACGGUUGCCAUCACUGAUCCCUGUUUUGCUGGCUUUAAGCUAACUGGUCAGAAACUUGCUUCCUUUAAAAUUUAGACUUAAUGGGCAUCUCCAGCCUUUUCUUUUUUAAUGGUGCCUGCACUGUUGGAGUAUUUUAGUGGGUUUUUGCGUAUAAUCAUGCACAACCAUUUUUUUUCUUCUUUUUUCUUUCAAGUGGGAAUAUAUUUUGAUUUCUCAAAUGCCCUGCUAUAAAGAUCAAAUCCUUAAGUGUGUUUGUGCAGCUCAACAAUAAAGCUAUUAAAAAACACUGGUUCCUAGUGCAAGGCACACUUAAAGCAAGUUUGACUUUCGGUUGUAUUUUCUUUGUAUAUUAUAAACAUUUAUUUAACUUGUUGCAGUUUGAAGUUUAAAAAAAAAAGCACCCAAUGUGUAAGCUCAAAAGUAAUCAUUAAAAUGUUUGCAACAUAUAAAAAUGUCUCUUCUGAAUACUUUAUUAA